AUGAUUGGCACAGUAGAACAAAUAUUGUACGAGGAGGGCUGCGUGCGUGCUGUGAGGGUGCGAUUGCCUUCUCGUGAUUCAUCUCAAGGAAAGUGUUUAUCCCUGGAGGCGUGCGAACGCAUUGGACAAGGUUCUUUUGGCACCGUUUACAGAGCCUCUUGUGAUGAAUAUCCGAGAUUGGCAUUAAAGAUUACAACAGGAAAGGUUACACGGCUCAAGCAGGAACUGGAAGUGCUUGGAAGGGUCUGCACAAAAGGAAAACUCCUGCUGCCACGGUUUUUAUUUGGUGCAUUGAAUAAGUCCGGGGACCUCAUGGCUGUGGGGAUGGAAUUGUGUUUCCCACACACACUGCAUGACUUCCUUCUGUCAAAGUGUCUAACAGAUGAGGCGGACAAGUUGUUCGUUGCAUACCAAGUAGUGCAAGCAGUGGCGUACGUCCAUGAACAACAUUGCAUCCACAGGGAUGUUAAACUUCAGAAUUUUGUCUUCGAUUUGGAUGGUAACUUAAAACUCAUAGAUUUUGGACUUGCGACGUCUGUGUGGAACCCUCCUCCUGGAGAUGUAGUCGCUGGCACUAUCGCAUUCAUGGCCCCGGAGAUGGCUCAUAACGCUUUACACAGGGAUCAGAGAGUUAGCGUUGGUGCGGCAGCAGAUGUGUGGUCUGUGGGAAUGGUGCUUUUUUCAAUUUUCGCACAACGGAAUCCGUAUGCCUCCACAGGUGCCCCGCGGAUGACAGAGAGAACUGCUGACACCAAUAUGCAUAACACUGCUGCCAUACCCACCGACGCCUCUCCGAAUGACAAGCAGUCCCACGAAAUACCGAAGGAAAACGCUGAGUUGCUUCGUCGUGUCGCUGCCGCUGAAUGGUCGUGGCCUAGUGGUUGUAGCGUCUCCAGGAAGCUACGGGGACUUGUGGACUUCGUCCUUGUCCCUGAUCCACAAAAUCGUCCAGAUAUCAACGCUCUCCUCAUGAGACCGGAAUGGGGCGAUAGGCGCAGAGCAACCCCAAGGGUGGUAACUACUUUCCUCGGCGUGGAGGAUGAUUUUCUACUUUCGCACGAUGAGUCUCAUUUGCUGCGUGCUGUCGAGCAGCGAAGUGCCGAUGUGAACGCAAGCCUCACAGAAAGCAGAAUAAGAGGUUCUGACGAGGAAGAGACGGAGGAGGGACACCGUUCGUCUUUGAAAUUCGUCGCUAGGGAGGAGUUAUCGGUGGGUGGUGUGCCGAUACAUCAAGUCUACGAUGUAAGGCCCGACCCUAAAGUGAAAAAGCCUAUUCGUGAGAUUUCGUCUGUUAUAGCCGAGGAAACAGAGAGGAGCCUGAAACGGAGCAGGUCGAGAUCCGCUAGGGCCGCGGCUUCGUCAGCGUCACGUGCAAACUCUCGCGUGAAUGCAAGAAGUAGGACAGUAACGCCUGUUCCUUGCACAACGGAAGGCCGUGGAAAUGCGGAUUUCCCUACAGGCAGUGCCGCAGCCUCAUUGGUAUUGUUGGAGGCGGAGGGCAAAGAAGAGACGAAAACAGGAUUGAAUAUCGGCCAGCGCUCACCACAGGGGCGUCAACCUCGUUCGAACAAUGUGGAUCGAGCGAAGGGUAUAAAUCUCGUGGGGAAAAGAGAUCCCAAGCCAAAAAGUGCAAAUGGCACUGUGCAACGGAGCACAUCGCCUAUUGAACAUACGGUUGAUACCAAACGAGGGGGAGGGAACAAUAGCCAUGGAGUUGGGGCAAGGCGAGGCAGCACUGUUACGGCCCGUAAAAAGAAGGGGAAUGGGGCGGAGGUUGUAUCAGGAUUUGUUACCAUGGAGAAUGCUGUGCGAAACGUCAAAACGUCGCUUUUACUCUUAGAGCAUUCAUGCAUGGUGACCCGGCUAUCCACUGUCGUGACGGAGUUAUUUGAUCGAGAGCAUAUGGUGUGGUUGGAGAAAGAGCAGCGAAAGUCCGCCACUCACCCGCAUACAUUCAGGGAAAUGGGUCGCGCAAACAAGAAGUACAGGUACGGCUUCGUAUGUGAUGUCUGCUGUUUUGAAUUCGAACCAGUUGGAUCAAGUAUGUACUUCUUUCACUGCCAAUGCGGUAGGGACAUGUGUCCAAAAUGUUACGAGGAGUAUGCCAAUAAUUACACCUGCGACGCCUGCGGCAGGGAGUUUGCCAGUUCAGGUGCGCUUCGCAGGCACAGUUGCUCGUGCGUGAAGAGGCUAAAUGAUGCAGCUACAGUGAACAAGCCAAGGGGGAGAUCUCAGGGGCGUCGCAGUCGUAGUGUUCCAACCGAAGCUGCUAGGACUGGUGUAAAAAGUCGGUUGGAGGUGAAACCAGUCAGUCCGAAGCGUGGUCGGCCGAAACGACGAGCAUCGGUGCCAGCACUGGAACGCAAGAGGUCUCGAGAGCCGGCGGCUGAGGUAGUGGGAAUUGUGGCGCGGAGGAAGGCAGAGCGUUUGUCAAUGAGUAAAUCGGAAGUUGUACCGCCGCCAAGGAGGUUCGAAGGAAUACCCCGCACGCUAAGUGGUGAAUGGAAACCGAUGGAGCGUCUCUCUGUCGGGUCUCGGAGUGUCCCACCCACACCUGAGGAACGUCACAUGCUGCUUAACGGUGAUUGGAUACGCUACUACCACUUUUAUCCUAUGGAGGAAGAAGGAGGCGACUCAGUCGCUGUCACAUAUCAUAUUCAGCCGGGACGUACUGGUGUUACAUUUUUCAACCAUAGUUUUUCUGUGCACUCAGCUGUGCUGUCAGUGUUGGAACACAUCGUAUACGUCGUAGAUCGUGUUGAUAUCGAGGAAGAUAAUGACGUGGCGCGUAUCUUGUCGUUGGCACAAGCAUUGAAUGAGGAGAAGAAGAUCUACGAUGUCCUUCAAUUGGUCGAAACCCACGACACACAUAUGUUAAAACAGCGGCGGUCUCCCGGUAUUAUGUCUGUUUAUUGCCCACCACAAACAGCAUUUCAAUGCAAUGGUGAUCCCUUUGUAUUUGUUCGCUGGUACCGCUUCCAUAUGGAAAACUCUAUGAGUGGCUUUAUGCUCUCCAACGGGGCUGUGCAGGUGUUUGUAGGCGGGAAAUACGAGUUACGGUGGCUGGAUGACAACAGAAAGUUUAUUGUGCGCAGUAAUGGAGUUUGUGAGGUGCUUGAUGAGGAAAAAUUCCCCCUUUCGGAGGAACUCAACCAGAUGCUCUACGGUGGCGUGUAA